UCUAGCACGGGCUCCUCCAUCGAUCAGAGCGCGCCAGCCACAGAGCUGCUGUCAUGUCGAAGCUGAAGAGCUCUGAGUCUGUCAGGGUGGUGGUGCGAUGCCGGCCGAUGAAUAGCAAGGAGAAGACAGCUUCGUACGAGAAAGUUGUUAACGUGGAUGUCAAGUUAGGGCAGGUCUCGGUGAAGAAUCCGCGUGGGACAUCUCAUGAACUGCCUAAAACUUUCACCUUCGAUGCUGUGUAUGACUGGAAUUCCAAGCAGGUUGAGCUCUACGAUGAGACCUUCAGGCCUCUCGUGGACUCUGUUCUGCAGGGGUUUAACGGGACAAUCUUUGCCUACGGGCAGACCGGGACGGGGAAAACGUAUACGAUGGAAGGGGUGCGUGGUGAUCCUGAAAAAAGAGGGGUCAUCCCCAAUUCAUUCGAUCACAUCUUCACCCACAUCUCUAGGUCUCAAAAUCAGCAAUACCUAGUUAGAGCGUCUUACUUGGAAAUAUACCAAGAAGAAAUCAGAGACUUGUUAUCGAAGGAUCAGUCCAGGCGGCUGGAGUUGAAGGAGAGGCCGGAUACAGGUGUGUAUGUUAAGGACUUGUCCUCCUUUGUUACGAAAAGCGUCAAAGAGAUAGAGCACGUCAUGAACGUGGGAAACCAAAAUCGCUCAGUCGGUGCCACCAACAUGAACGAGCACAGCUCUCGAUCUCAUGCCAUUUUUGUGAUCACCAUCGAAUGCAGCGAGUUAGGACUCGAUGGAGAGAAUCACAUCCGUGUGGGGAAACUCAACCUGGUUGACCUUGCAGGCAGCGAGCGGCAAGCGAAGACCGGAGCGCAGGGGGAAAGGUUAAAGGAAGCUACGAAAAUCAAUCUCUCUCUCUCAGCUUUGGGCAACGUUAUCUCUGCCCUAGUAGACGGCAAAAGCACGCACAUUCCAUACCGGGACUCAAAGCUGACGAGGUUACUUCAAGACUCAUUAGGUGGCAAUGCCAAAACUGUGAUGGUGGCCAAUAUAGGCCCUGCCUCUUACAACGUGGAGGAGACUCUGACAACACUGAGAUACGCCAACCGUGCCAAAAACAUCAAGAACAAGCCGCGAGUGAAUGAGGAUCCUAAGGAUGCCCUGCUGCGAGAAUUCCAGGAAGAGAUCGCUCGACUCAAGGCACAGUUGGAAAAACGGUCUGUUGGCAAGAGAAAGAGGAGGGAAAGGAGGAGAGAUGGUGGGGAAGAGGAGGAGGACACUGAAGAGGGUGAGGAUGAGGGAGAUGACAAAGACGACUAUUGGAGGGAGCAACAAGAAAAGCUGGAAAUUGAGAAGAAAGCGAUAGUUGAGGAUCACAGCUUGGUCGCAGAAGAAAAGAUGAGACUGCUGAAAGAGAAGGAGAAGAAAAUGGAGGACCUGAGGCGAGAGAAGGAAGCAACAGAAAUGUUGAGUGCUAAAAUCAAGGCAAUGGAAAGCAAGCUUCUGGUGGGAGGGAAAAAUAUUGUGGAUCACACGAACGAACAGCAGAAAAUCCUGGAACAGAAACGACAGGAAAUUGCAGAACAGAAACGUCGGGAGCGAGAAAUCCAGCAACAGAUGGAAAGUCGAGACGAGGAAACUCUAGAGCUGAAGGAGACCUAUAGUUCUCUUCAGCAAGAGGUGGACAUAAAGACCAAAAAACUCAAAAAGUUGUUCUCCAAGCUGCAAGCUGUGAAGGCAGAGAUCCAUGAUCUCCAAGAAGAGCACAUCAAGGAGCGCCAGGAGCUGGAACAGACCCAGAAUGAACUUACCAGGGAACUAAAGCUGAAGCACCUGAUUAUUGAAAAUUUUAUUCCCUUGGAAGAAAAGAAUAAGAUCAUGAACAGGUCAUUCUUUGAUGAAGAGGAAGACCAGUGGAAACUGCAUCCCAUAACCCGUCUGGAUAACCAGCAGAUGAUGAAAAGACCGGUAUCUGCUGUAGGAUACAAAAGGCCGCUGAGCCAGCACGCCAGGGCGUCGAUGAUGGUCCGUCCAGAGGCUCGGUACAGGGCAGAGAACAUCGUAUUGCUGGAACUUGACAUGCCCAGCCGAACAACGAGAGACUAUGAAGGUCCAGCCAUUGCUCCCAAAGUUCAGGCGGCUCUAGAAGCGGCUCUGCAGGAGGAAGAAGAGAUACAGGUGGACGCUUCAAUCUUUGAGAGCACUUCAAACAAAAAAUCAAAACCCAGGCCUAAAACUGGAAGAAAAUCAGGGGGACCCUCUUCAGCAGGCACCCACAGUUCUCAGCUCUACCCGCAGUCCCGAGGGCUGGUUCCGAAGUAAAACCAGCAGCUCCUCUCCGGGGCGCGAACAGCCUUUGCCUUCAGAGAGCAGAGACAAGUAAAAACCUGCAGAGAGAACUGCCAGCCAGACUCCAGCCCCUCUCCCCUGGAGGUGGCCUCUUUGCUGUGUAACUGACUUGUGCCAGUCCGGGUGCGCCGAGCCACAGGAAGAUACCUGCUUGAAAUUCAGCAUUUGGCCUCCGUGGGAGACAGAUUUUAGUUAGGAAAUGAGAAAUGCAUGAGGUACAUUGAAGUGUGUUAGAAGCAGUGGGAAGCGUGGGGAUCACCUCGCAGCAUCACCGUCUCUCCUUCCGCACUAGCCCUUCGGCUGCACGGGGCUUUUUUGCCGUUGGGCAAUGCGAAGACAGAGUUGAAAGUCGUCUCAAGAGAACCACCGCUCCAGAGCUCCGUAGUGAGAACGAGAUGAGGUUAACAAGCAGAGGAUCUGUUCACACUUGACUAGGUGCAUAGUUUUUCCUCUUCCUGCUUGAA